GUGUAAACAGUUAAUUAUUACCCACCUAUUGGAAAUGUUAUUCCAUAGGUUGAUAUUGGCGGUUUUUUUUUUAAUGCACGUUUACGGUAAUCCCUGCAAACAAAGAAAUGCAACCUAUGGAUAUGUCUGUGUUUGUAACUCAACGUAUUGCGAUACCGUACCUCCAAUAAACGUAAAAGAAGGAACAUAUCAACAAUAUACUACAACGUCACAAAAGUUGGGUUUUUCUACGUCGAAGGGACAGAUUAAACCUUCUAGUAAUGGCGUUUCUAAACAUAAAAUAGACCUGACAAAUUCCAAACCCAAGCAAAGGGUUUUUGGGUUUGGUGGUGCAUUCACAGGGUCUACAGGGUUCAAUAUACAUAGUCUUUCUUCAAAAGCACAAGACAAUUUGUUGGAAAGCUAUUUUGGUGGGGAUGGUAUUGGGUAUACCUUAUGUAGAGUUCCCAUUGGUGGUACAGACUUUUCUUUAAAGAAAUACACAUAUGAUGAUGAUCAUGAUGGUGAUGUAGAUUUAAAAUACUUUGCCUUGCAAGACGAAGACUUUCUAUAUAAGAUACCAUACAUAAAAAAGGCUUUCAAGUUAUCAAACAACACUCUAAAACUGUUUGGUACUUCGUGGACAUCCCCACCAUGGAUGAAGACCAACAAUGACUACGCUGGAGUGGGUUUUUUGAAGAAAGAGUACUUCCAAACAUGGGCAGAAUAUUAUGUUAGAUUCUUCGAAGAAUACGCCAAAAAUGGGGUUAGAUUUUGGGGUGUUACCACCCAAAAUGAGCCUUACGAUGGCUUUCUACCGACGUCAAUAUCGCAAAUAAAUGCUUUGGGAUUCGAUAAUCACCUUAUGAACCAAUUUAUAUCUAAACAUCUCGGUCCAACUCUAAAAAAAUCAUCAUUCAAAGACUUAAAGAUUAUGAUACAUGAUGACAGUAGACAUACUCUUCCAUUGUUGCCAGAGAUCUUGGAAAAUCCUCAUUCGAUGAGAUAUGUAGACGGCGUUGCUGUGCAUUGGUAUGCCAACAACAUAACCCCAAGUGAUUACCUUGAGCAAUACACAAAGUCCAGAUUUAAGGAGUUAUUCCUGCUUGGGACUGAAGCUUGCAAUGGAUUUCUACAUUCUAUGUCUUUGGAGGAGUCAGUUCAGUUGGGGAGUUGGGCUAGGGCUGAAAACUACAUCAGGGAUAUCAUCACGGAUUUCGCUUAUGGAGCCAGGGGUUGGGUUGACUGGAAUAUGGUUCUCGACCAAUCAGGAGGGCCCUGUUCAAUCGAUAACAAAGUUGAUUCGCCGGUUAUAACCAACAAUGCAACCGGCGAAUUCUAUAAACAACCCAUGUUCUAUGCGAUGGGCCAUUUCUCCAAAUUCUUAAGACCAAAAUCGCAUGUUUUGGAUGUUCAAGAUGGUUUGAUUAAAAGUGUGGCAGUAUUGAGGCCUGAUGGUUUACAUGCAGUCGUUGUUUUUAAUGAGGGCCAAAAUUCCACAAACGUUGAAAUUAAAUCAAAGAAGGGUUUCAUCGACGUCACAAUCCAAAAAAAAUCAAUCAACACAAUACUCUUUUAAAAUGUAAAUUAUUAUUACGUAAAUAAAACAAUUUAAUUUUAUUAAAUAUUAUAC